CAUAAGAGACGAAGCGAGCAGCGGCGUCUGAUAAUCUGCACGCUAGUCCGAGGAAGCGGAGGACACCCGCCUAAAGAGGGGGCCUAAACCGUCGGAGUGACAGGGACCCCCCGAAGUCUGGAACGCCCCAGCGAUGUCUCAUGAUAUAGCGUGUGAGACCCCCAAAGUGCACGACAGCCCGCAGCACACAGUCUAUGUCCUGGUGGGAUCCAGCGCUGACAGCAUCCAGCUGCUCAGUCUGAGCCCCAUAUUGCCCGAAUCCGGCAUCGUCGCCGACAUUGACAUAGAGACCGCCAUAGAGCCGAGCGAGGAACAAUUUUACCAGCUGAAGAGCCAGCCGAUCCCUUCGAGUCAGACCCCAUCGCAGUCCCCUCAGUCCUCUUUUCAGACCCCGAGCACAAUGUCUUCGCGGAUCCUGCUCCGGCAGCAGCUGAUGAGGGCCCAGGCCCAGGAGCAGGAGAGACGAGAGCAAGAGCAGAAUGCUGCCCAGAUCGCCACGCCAUCCACACCGGCCAUCAGCGUUAGUAAUGGUGGCCGACCCACCGCUGCACAGGUGCCCUUGGAGGUCUUAAAGGUUCAGACCCAUUUAGAAAAUCCGACAAAGUAUCACAUCCAGCAGUCUCAGAGACAGCAGGUCAAGCAGUACCUGUCCUCUACCACCAUGGGGGCCAAGAUGCCCUUACACACCUCUGCCCCAACUACCACUACAAUUAACCCUGCCUCUGCCAGAGCAUCACCGCAGCCCGAACAGACCUUGCUCCCUACGGCCAGCAGCGCUCCUAACAGCCCCCUGGCAAUGCUGAAUAUUGGCUCCAAUUCUGAAAAGGAGAUUGAUGAUGUCAUCGAUGAGAUCAUAAGCCUGGAGUCCAGCCUCAAUGACGAAUUCAUGGGAUUCGUGGAAAGAGGGAAUCUACCCAGCACACUUCCUGUGUCCGGUAACCUCUUGGACAUGUAUUGUGCUCCUGGAAUGACCGCUCCGGCCAUCACUGUGAGUAACUCCUGCCCGGCCGACCUGCCCAACAUUAAGAAUGAAUACUUAGGUAAGUGGAGACGCUCAUCGCUUCGUCUUUUUGGACAUACUUGGCCUUGGCGUUGUGGAUUAGUUAAAAAAAAGCUCAACUCCAUUUCAUUCUCCCCCCCCACAGAGCACGACACGAAACAAAUGAUGAAGGAGCGGCAGAAAAAAGACAAUCACAAUUUAAUUGAACGUCGUCGAAGAUUUAACAUCAAUGAUAGAAUCAAAGAACUGGGGACCCUCAUCCCAAAAUCCAGUGACCCGGAGCUGCGCUGGAACAAAGGCACCAUCUUGAAGGCCUCGGUAGAGUACAUCCGGAAGCUGCAGAAAGACCAGCAGCGCGUGCGCGAGCUGGAGGGCAGGCAGCGUAAGCUGGAGCACCUGAACCAGGGCCUGCUGCUGCGUAUACAGGAGCUGGAAAUGCAGGCUCAGAUACAUGGCAUUAGAAGCUUUCCGCCAUCCACUAUGUCAGCAGAUGUCGUUCCCAAGGUAGAACCAAUCUCCGAAAUGGUGCCCAGAUUUGACGCCCAGACCACGCAGCCCCUGGACCCCUCCACCCUGGAUCUGGGCACGCUCCACUUCUCAGACCAGCUGAAUGACUUAGUUCACGAGGGCCUGAACUAUCAUCUGAGCCUGACUGGGGACUCGGCCUUUGCAGACAUUCUCAUGGAUGACGUGAUCUCUCCACUCGGGGGGGAUCCUCUUCUCUCUUCUGUCUCUCCCGGAGCGUCUAAGACCAGCAGCCGCCACAGCAGCUUUAGCAUGGAGGAGGACUCUUGAUCCGUGCGCAGAAGCUUUGACUUUAACAAAUUGGACUCUCUUAGUAUUUCUCACACCAGGAAAUCCCAGACCUCCUCCUCCAUUCCACCAGGCGUAUUCUUCCUCAAAAAAAUAUAUAAAAAUCACUCCAGGAACCGAACUGAGCACCUGAUAUCACCCUGACGGGGGCGAUACUGGGAAGAGGACCGGACACGGGCAAGCGGAGAGACUUGGUAGAGGAGAAGGUCAUUCUUAAACCUUUCGGGAGCAUGGUGGGUGAUGGAUCUAAAUCAUGGAGGCUGGUCAUGUGAUGGGCAUGGAGAGAUGGUCGUAUGACGUCAUAGAAUACGUGGCACAGUACAAUAGGUGGUGCCUGGCAGUGGGCAGAAGAAUGACAUACAGGGUGGUCUGAUGAUGAACGUUCAGCGUGGGUGCACAACAUGGCAUGAGAUGGUGCUUGAGAUGAUAGAAUGUCAAAGGGGAUUAUAUAGCAGAUGCCAUCCUCAAACAUGGACAUGACGGCGCCUGGUAAUAAUCAGUGAUACGACCCGCAAUGCAGUGGAAACCCCUUGUUCCUUUGGGGUGCCCCAUAUAUACAGUGCAUAGAAACUACCCCCGUAUAGAGCGUCGCUGCUUGCCUGGCAGUCUGGGUCCGUACCAAGUCGUCACCUUAGACAAAAGCACUAAUAUAGAUAAAAAGUCGAAUUUGGGUAUAAUUUGGCAGUAUGGGUGUAUUGUGGUUGCCGCCUAGAUGGUCAUUGUGCGGCUCCAGCCUUCAGACCAUUGACCCUGACAACUCUGUGAUCUUAGGCCGGCCAUAGACAUGAGAUAUUUGUUGUCACCUGGGCCACAGACAGUGAACAUUGGCCUGAUCUCACGUCUACGGUUAGAUUGGUUCACACUCCAUUACGCCGUUAUAAAAGGGGGCGUCACACGGAGGACGAGCACAUUAUAGGGCGUGUGAUGAGAGCAGCACUUAUGUGUGUCGAGUGUUGGUGUGUGUGUGUGUCAGUGAGAGAGCGUGUGACAGGAGUGAGCGAGCGUCAGAGAAGUGAGCAUGCUUCAGAGGAGUGAGCGUGCGACAGGAAUGCGUGUGUGACAGAGGAGUGAGCGUGCGACAGGAAUGCGUGUGUGACAGAGGAGUGAGCGUGCAACAGGAGUGAGCAUUACAGGAGUGAGCGUGCAACAGGAGUGAGCGAGCUUCAGAGAAGUGUGCGACAGGGGUGAGUGUGUGACAGAGGAGUGAGCAUGCAUUACAGGAGUAAGAGUGCUUCAGAGGAGUGAGUGUGUGACAGAGGAGUGAGCAUGCAACAGGAGUGAGCUUGUGACAGAGGAGUGAGCGUGCAUUACAGGAGUGAGCGUGCUUCAGAGGAGUGAGUGUGCGACAGGAGUGAGCAUGUGACAGAGGAGUGAGCAUGCAUUACAGGAGUGAGCGUGCUUCAGAGGAGUGAGUGUGCGACAGGAG